GUUGUCAACCAGCAUAAAAGAGCAACCAUAACCCUAAAGUUGAGUUGUGCUUCACAUGUUAAAAUGUAUGAAUAGGUACAUGUGUGUACAUAAUAUUUGCAAAUAUUAUAAUGAACAUUUGGAGAAAUGAACUUUUUGAGUGUACAUAUAUUACUGAUAAUCUGGAUACUCCCUGUAUUGUCCAGUGUGUAUGCCAUACAAGUGCCAUGUGGUGGUGAGUUAAUUGAUUCCAACAAGAAGCAGUGCUGCUUCGGCAAAGCUGAGCCAACAAGUAUCAACAAACAAUGUUGCUACGAAGCUCGUGACUUUUACAUAACAACAGACAGUAUCUGUUGUGAUGGGAAAAUCACUCCAAAAUAUCCUCAACAUGGUGUGACCCUGGAGUGCUGCAAUGGAAAAGAAAUCAACCAUAAUACAGCAAGAUGCUGCUCAAAUGUUGAAAACAAAUUACCCCCUGGGCACAAUGACCAGUUUAUUUGUUGUGGCACCGAGCUGAUUAAUUCAACACACCAGAUAUGCUGCCACAAUCGUACCAAUGAAUCGCUCUCCAAGUCGUAUGUCCGACAAAAAGACACAUUUUGUUGUGGCAGUAAGCUUGGAAAGAAAGAGUGUGAAUGGUGCAAGCGCGAAGGAAAGAACCGACGACUGCUGGCUCUAAACAGAGAUAUAUGUGAGAAGAAGGAAAUCGACCUCACAGAAAAAAGCUGCUGUGGAGGUAUAAUAAACAAUGUUCCAAGGAUUGACGUCAACAGAAUAAAUGAAGUAAAUACACAUUUUGGCUGCUGUGGACCAAAAGCCUACAAUACAACAGAAAGGAAAUGCUGUAACUGGAAAACUGGCAAAACAAUACCUAAUAAUCACCAGUGUAUGAAUGAUGGUUCAUCCUUUGAUACCACACUAUUUAAGAACUGUGACGGAGUUCUCCAUAAAAUACAGUCUGGACACACCCAGUGUUGUGGAAAUAAGACCUUUGACUCGAAUACACACCAAUGUUGUAAUCGUGAUAUCUUCGACCCCGAUUUCGAGUUUUGCUGUGGAACUGUAAAUGCAGCCCCACUGAUCAAGGGUAAAGUGUGUUGUGCAAGUCAGGAGCUGAAGACAGGAUAUCUCUGUUGUGACGAUAUCAAACAAGUUCCACAGUCAGACGAAAGUCAUGACAAGUGUUGUGUGAAUUACUGGACGGGGAGUGCAGCAUCCUUCAAUAGCAAUCUGAAGGAGUGUGUUGAUGGUGAAAUAACCACACGGACCAAAGAUAUGAACCCAUGCCAGUUCUUAGAUCCUGACAAAGCUAUUUGCUGUGAUGGCCAAAUCCAGUACUUUCCAAAAGAUUCAAACAACAGGGUUGUACAUUCAAGUUGUUGUGGAAGGAAGCUUCUGAGUGAUACUGAGGUCUGCUGCAUAAAUGGUUUAAGUCUAUUUAAGUCGAAACCAGACCAUGAUGACUGCUGCUUGGAUACUGAUGGUGAAGGGAGUGUGCAAUCAUUCAACAGUCAACAACAGUUUUGCAGGGAUGGACAACUUUAUGUAAAACAUGAAGAAUAUGAGAACUGCAAUGGUGUCUACUACUCGAAAAAUUCUGCAAUAUGCUGCAAUGGUGAACUGCACUUUCACCUCAAAGAUGGUAAACUGAAAUGCUGUGAUCCAGGAACCACAGCCUAUGAUGAAAGACUUCAGACCUGUUGCCAUGGCAAUGUAUACAAUGUCUCAUCGAACAAUGCCGAGUAUAUGUGCUGUGAUGGGAAGACCUAUCAAAUAGAUGAUCCAUCCAACCCAUGUCAGCAGAUGUGUGCUGGCCAUCAUUUCAACCGGGACACUCACAUGUGCUGCAGUGAUGAACUGCUGGUCAAGGGUCAGCAUGGGGAUGCCUGCUGUGAUGGACGGCCGUUCUUCACUUCUCGGAAGACCUGCUGCAGUGGUGCCCUCUACAGAACUCCCACCGGAAGAGGCAAGUGCUGCGGUAUUUCGCUGAUAAGGCGUCAUCAGAGGAAUCUUCAAUGCUGUAAAGAUAUGAUGCCUUAUGACAGACGUCACAGUGUCUGCAGCGCAACAGGAGUGUCCUCACCGAGGCAGACAACACUUGACAAAAGUUUCAGCAAGCAAGGCAUAAAGAAGAAAGAUGGAUACCAAAUCCCUUACUGUUUUGCUGAAUAUGCAUUAUCUGGACGUGUAAAAGGCCACAAACGACCUCCUGGAAAUAAACUGGUGUAUAAACUCAAAGUGACACCACUACGUCGGUUUAAGCAGUGUGAUCAGAAACCAAUUCAGUAUUUGACAAUCGUCUUACACUUGAGCAGCUCUGGAACUGCUGAAGAACAUUCUUUUAUUCCAAAAGGGUUCCCCCUGACAGUAUUCUUCAAUAAGAUGCCAAAUUAUGUAAAUGGGACAGAGAAAGCCACAUUGCAUCUGUCUGAAAAGGACAUGGCUUAUGCAUUUUUGUACAAAGGACGAAUAAAACAUGAAAUGCUGCGAAUGACUGAAAGCCAGUGUUUGAAGCUGUACUUUGCCAUGGAUUCACAUGACAGAGAAACGUGGAAACUGGACAAAGAGGAUCUGCCAUGGUGUUUAAAGUCCUGCAAUGUAUAAGGUUAAACAGCCAUGUCCGGUAUGUGAUACAGUUGACAAGGACCAUUAAAAAAAACCCCUAAACAUUCCUCUUUUAAAUAACAAGGCUAAACGUCACUGAAAAAACUGUGAUGUGUGUUUUGCAAACAAGUGAAGGUUUUUAUGGAAGACAGAGACAAAGAUCAUCAUCUUUUUUUUUUAACUCUCUUAAAUGACUGACAGCAAUGGCCAAACUGACUGUAAAGACAGUACUUGCAAGUAGACUGAACCUGCCAUUUUGUAAUAUGAAGUCUUCCGAUGAAAAAAUGAAUACCAAUUAGCUCAAACAUUAAACAUGUAUUUUGAUGAUGGAACAGCAGGUGGAAGAUAGCUUUGUUUUGUGUACUAGACAUAAUUUUAGAAAUAUUUCCCUCCUUUUAAAGUGCAUUUAACAUUUCCUAAGAGACAUUUAGUGUUGUUACAUUCUGAUGUGUGUGCAUAAGCAUGUUUGUGUCUGUGUGUGUGUGUCCAUGUGUGCAGUUCUGUGUAUUUAUAAAGAAUAGCAUACUGCAUUUUGAAAGAUGAAUGUAUGUUUCCAUUUAGAAUGUCAUCUCAAUUAAAAUAUUUGCUCAUCUAUUGCCAUCUAAUGAGCAAUACUGUUACUGACUUUAAUUGGAUGUUAAAACCAUGACACCGAGUGUAGGUUACAUUAAUAAAUGUGUAUUAUUAUCUUUCUUCAUUCAUAGCUGCAACACUGUCAAAAGAUAAAAUGUAAGUUGAUGUGUAGAAAGUGGCAUUAGAAAGAAAAACAUGGAGAAUUCAUUUAAUAAAAUGAAAAUUAUUUAAACACAUUAUUUAAAACAUUAAAACACUAGUAAGAUCUAUUUGUAAAAGGAAGCCAUUAAUGAUUUUUAUAUAGUUUUUUCAUUGCAUUAUUCUUUUAAAAAAUGAAACUGGGUGUACCAUAUUUAGAAUUCAUCAAGAUUGGUGAGGUGUUUUUGUUGUUGUUGUUAUAGCCUAGUUGGGAGGGGUUUUUUUUAUGUGUUUUUUUUUUGUUGCUGUUUUUUUUUUAAUUACACAGAAAAUUUAACUAGACUGUAUUAACCUUUUUUAAUGUUCAGUUUUUUGUUUGCUUGUUUGUUUUAUAUAAGACAUGUAUUAGCUGAUUAUUAACUGUAUUAUUGUUAAGUUUCAACAAUGCAUCUACAAUCACCAAGAAGUAAAAUGGCAUGGAUGAAGAGUAUAUUUAAACAUUGUAAAUUAAAGCAGAAUUUUAUUACAGAUAAAACAAAACCCCACGAAAACACUCUGAAAUCUAAAGGUAAUUUUAAAAAAUGCAUAUUAAAUUUUUUUUUUCUUUUUUUUUCAGGUGUAUAUAUAGAAAUCUUUUGAUAUUUAUAUGACCAAGUGGCAAAAAUGGCAAUUGUUAUACACAUGUAGUUGUUAAUAUUAUUGGUUAAAUGGCAUUUAUCUUCAUUACUUGUUGUGCUUGAACCUUGAUUGGAUAUAGGCACGCUAAUAUGUUAUUCUAUCAUAUUCUAUUGUUGUUCAUUCCAAAUAGAAAACAAUGGCAUUGCUGAAUUAACAUUCAGUAUUUAUUAGUCAUACACAUUCCAUAUGUGUGUAGUGGAGAAUGUACGAGGAAGUGUUGAUUUGUGGAAAAUAAUUCACAAGCCCCAUAUAUAGGUCACAUGUUCCUAAAAAAAUAUUUGCAGGUAAAAUGAUCUUUAAAAUUUACAAGAGAAUUUUGUCUAACAAUCAACUCGUCAGCCUGGUAAGACAUUUAAAAUUUAUUUUGAAAUUUUUAUCUGAUAAAUCAACUGAAAAUGUUACUCUCAGAAUUACUUAGUGUCACCGGUUGUACUCAUAUUCUUCCGGGCCCUUAUUUUCAAAGAUAUUUUAGUGCUAUGAUACAGGGUAGCUACGAAAAUAUGUAACCAGGGUUUUAUCACUAAAAUUUUACUUCAUUUCACAAUGUCAUUGCAUCAUUUUACAUUUCAUUUGAAUCUCGAAAAGCAUGAAUGAGGUUAAAAGUUUUUGCCCUUAUGUUAAAAAAAACCCCAAAAUUGAAAUUUUGCUGUUACAACUUUGAAUUUUUUACUUUAAAAAUUAUGAUAAAAUAAUUAUCAAAAUAGUUUUUUGACAUAUGGAAUAAUUCUCAACCCAGAAAUACCUGUAAUAUAAUAUAAUGUUAUGUAACAGGUGGGAGGCCAUUAGCAAUUAUUAGUAUGUAAUACUCAAGCAAUAGGAGGCAAAGCAAUGCAUCUCAUUUUUGCAUUAAUUAAUUGAUGAAUGACCCCUUUACAUCAACUUGCUAAUAAUGGCACUUUAGCAUCAUCUUUUGCACACAUUUAUGUGUGUUAAUUUUCUUAAAACAGCUUCCUUAGCACAUGUACUUCGUACUUUCAUCUUCAUAUUUUCUCAAAUUUUUAACUGCAAAAGGGUUUUUAAACAGUAUUUAUUUAAUACCAUUACAGAAUGUUAAAUAGUUAUUAAUACAGGUGAAUUUUAGCUAUCUUUAUAACAUUGUUUUUGAAGUCUAGGAUUUCAUGUUGCAUUAUUAGAGAUCUUUACUUAGUACUGGUAUAUCUAAUCAUGACUGCAUGUUGAGUGUGGGGUUUUUUUUGGUGGAAAUCUGGUAUUUCUGUACAAAUCGUUUAUUUAUGUUGUGAAAAUGAUAUUAUAUAUUUGAUAGUGUUUGAAAUAUUGUAAAUAAAAUGUUGUUUUAAA